CUCUCUCACACACACACACACACUCCCCAGGCCCUUUCUUUUUCUUCUUCUUUCCUGCGAUCGCCGUUGUUCUUUUUCCGCUGCACCCUACACUUCUCGCCUCAGCCGCUCCAGUUCCGGCCGCCGACGACGAGCUGGCUAGGUACUUUGGCAGAACAGUCCCAGCUCUCAAGUUUCUAUUUUUACAUGGUUCUUCCUCCACUUGUUCUUCAUCCAUCCUUUUGUUCUCGAGGCACUUGGUAUCGCAAGUGGUAUUGAUUCCAUGGCCAGCAGAAAGCAAAUUUGUUGGUGGGUUGCAAAGUCUGUCCGACCACCCGAACCCAGAGCUAUCGUGUUUCUUGCAAAAGGGGUUCUCAGGAAUAACGGACGAAACCGUUGGGAGAAUAGUGCAUGCUAUUUGGUUGAAGUAUUCUAAUACUUUAAACACAUUUCAUAUGAAUACAUUGAUCAACAUGUAUUCAAGAUUUGGGAGUAUCAAAAUUGCUCAGUACUUGUUCGAUGAAAUGCCUGAGAGAAAUGAAGCUUCUUGGAAUACAAUGAUGUCUGGAUUUGUUAGAGUUGGUUUCUAUACAGAGGCUGUGAAUUUGUUCAGGAAAAUGCUAGAUCAUGACAUCCAAAUUAGUGGGUAUGUCAUAGCCAGUCUGAUGACUGCGUGCAGUAGAUCAGAAUGUAUGCGCUUUGAAGGACUUCAAAUUCAUGGCUUUCUAAUCAAAGUUGGGUUGUUAUGUGAUGUAUUUGCAAGCACUGCGUUAUUAAACUUUUAUGGUAAUUAUGGGUUGGCUUUUCAUGCUAAUCAACUCUUUGCCGAGAUGCCAGAAAGAAAUGUUGUUUCCUGGACUUCAUUAAUGGUUGCAUAUUCAAACAAUGGAGAUCCCUUAAAUGUUAUAAAUAUAUUUAAAUGUAUGAGACAUGAAGGGGUUGCUUGUAAUCAGAAUACUUUCACUACUGUUAUCAGUACUUGUGCCUCUGUUGAUGAUGAGUUAUUGGGUCAUCAAGUGCUUGGGGAUGUUGUUAAGCAUGGUCUCGAGACUAAUACUUCGGUUGCAAAUUCUGUCAUUUCAAUGUUAGGAAGUUUUGGUAAUGUAGAAGAGGCUAGCUCUGUAUUUGCUCGCAUGAUCGAGCAAGAUACAAUUUCAUGGAACUCUAUUCUCACAGCAUAUACACAUAACCAGAUGUGUGAACAGGCAUUUCGAUAUUUCAACUCUAUGCGACUUGCUAGCUAUGAAAUAGAUGCAGUCACGAUUUCCACUUUGCUAUCAAUUAGUGGCAGUGCAACUAAUUUGAAGUGGGGGAAAGGGAUUCAUGGGCUGGCUGUCAAACACGGUCUAGAUUUAGAUCUUUAUAUGUGUAACACUCUCCUCACAAUGUAUGGCGGAGCUGGAAGAAUUGAAGAUGCUGAAAUAUUGUUUAAAGGAAUGAAAGAUAAGGAUUUGAUAUCGUGGAACUCUAUGAUGGCAAAUUAUGUGCAGGAUGGGAAAUGCUCGGAAGCAUUGGAGUUGUUUUUCGAACUGUUUAAGAGUCGUGGAAUUGCUAACUUUGUGUCUUUUACAGUCGCAUUGGCUGCAUGCUCAAGCCCUGAAUUCUCUGCAGAGGCAAGGAUUGUCCAUGCACUAGUGAUCAUGUCUGGCUUCAAUGAUUUGGUUAUUGGAAAUGCAUUAGUUACUAUGUAUGGGAAGUGUGGUGUAAUGUCGGAAGCUAAAAAGGUAUUCGAAAGAAUGUCCGAGCAUGACUUGGUUUCUUGGAAUGCGUUUAUUGGAGGUCAUGUUGAAAAUGAAGAUUCGGAUCAAGCCAUUGAAUAUUUUAACUUGAUGAGAAAUGGAAAUACACUUCCUAACUAUAUUACCAUGAUUAAUCUUCUCGGUUCUUGCUCGUCUGCCAAUGGAAACAUGAUUCAUGGGCACAUCAUCCGGGCUGGAUUUGGAUCGGAUGAGUAUGUGAAGAAUUCGCUUUUAACAAUGUAUGCUAAGUGUGGCGAUUUGAAUUCUAGUAACCGUUUAUUUGAUGGUUUGUCGAAGAAUAGCCAAGUAACGUGGAAUGCGAUGAUUUCUGCAAAUGUUCAUGGUGGGAAGGGUGAAGAGGCGCUAAAACUUUUUACUAGAAUGCAAAGAGAUGGAAUAGAGGUUGAUCAAUUCGGGUUUUCUGCAACAAUUGGGGCUUCAGCAGAUCUCGCUGUUCAAGAAGAAGGUCAGCAGCUCCAUUCUCUAGCGAUUAAACUCGGAUUCGACUCGUUUCCACAUGUUAAUAAUGCAAUAAUGGAUAUGUAUGCAAAAUGUGGCGAAAUGGACGAUGUAAUGAAGCUGGUGCCUGAACCAAACAUGAGAUCUCUACUAUCCUGGAAUAUUCUGAUAUCAGCUUUCUCUCGAAAUGGGUAUUUCGAUAAAGCUCGGGAAACUUUUCAUGAUAUGCUGAAUUUGGGAUUGAAACCGGGGCAUGUCACGUUUGUUUCGCUUCUAUCUGCCUGUAGUCAUGCAGGUUUAGUUGAUGAAGGACUUGAAUAUUUUAAUUCCAUGACGGAAGAAUUUGGGGUGCCAGCUGGAAUCGAGCAUUGCGUUUGUAUAGUCGAUCUUCUUGGACGAUCAGGAAGGCUGUUUGAGGCCGAAGCUUUCAUUGAUAAGAUGCCUGUCCGACCAAACCAUUUUGUUUGGCGAAGUCUAUUGGCUUCGUGUAGAAUCCACGGAAAUCUUGAGCUUGGAGAAAAAACUGCCAAACGUCUUAUAAAUUCGAAUCCUUCUGAUGAUUCUGCGUACGUACUAUAUUCAAACGCGUGCGCGGUUUCUGGUAAGUGGGAUAAUGUUGAGAAUUUGAGGUGUGAAAUGGAUUUGAACAAUAUUAAGAAACAGCCUGCCUGCAGUUGGGUAAAGUUGGGAAGGGAGAUCGUCACAUUUGGAAUGGGAGACAAGUCUCAUCCACAAAUUGAUAGAAUAAACGCUAAAUUAAGAGAUACUAGGAAGAUGAUUAAGGAAGCCGGGCAUGUAGCUGAUACUAGUUUUGCUUUGCAUGAUACGGACGAAGAACAGAAGGAACACAAUCUAUGGAACCAUAGUGAAAGGCUGGCUCUUGGGUUUGGGCUGCUAAAUACCCCCGAUGGUUCUAAAAUCAAGAUUUUCAAGAAUCUUCGCGUUUGUGGGGAUUGUCACUCUGUUUUCAAGUUUGUCAGCAAAAUUGCUCGGAGGGAAAUCAUUCUUAGGGACCCAUAUCGUUUCCACCAUUUUAUCGGAGGCCAAUGCUCAUGUAGGGACUAUUGGUGAAAGAGUUUACCAAGAUCCAUCAACUGGUGGAUUAGUGUGAACAGAGACAAAGUCAACCUUUUUGAAGGAUAUAAUAAGCUUUCACCAGAUAAUUCAAUUCUCUUCUUGACAUUGACAUUAUCUCCCUGUUUACUGUAUAGAAUCUUACUCAUUUUCUAUUUAGGUUGACUUUGACUUAGAUAUAAAAAAAUA